UUGUAUUGUUUUUUUAUUUAUUUAUUUCUUGAACAUGCGAAAUCUUCACAAUACAAAUGAGAUUCAGCAAGAUAAAAAGACCUUCAAUGUGGAACAAAGGAAAAAAGAGAUUUCAUUUUUCAUUCAUAUUCAUUUCCUUCGCAACGAAAACGAUUUUGUUAAUCUCUUGAUUAUGCCUUGAAAUCCUGAGUUAAAUAAAGGGGUUUUCUGAGAGUGUUGAACCUCGAAUAUGUCAGUCUUUUUCAGGCGACAAAAGAAUGCCUUCGGAGGCAUUCCCUUGACUGCGUUUUUGUUCAUCUUGUUCGCAUUGGCUUUGUUGGCGUAUGCACCAUCAGGAGUCGAGGGUGCCAUCAGAGCUAGACGACCUGGAGGAAUCAAGAUUUUCGAAUCCGAUGAGAACAUCCACCCCGCUUUUGAUAACGCGAUGAGUGACGACGAUGACGACGAAGCUGAUGAUGGCGAAGACUCCAGCGAAAACGAGGCGAGAGAAGAUGAAAUCUGCGACGAGGAUUCUUGCGUAGAUUCUGAAAAUUCGCCAGGAAGAAACAGACAAAUGAGGCGAGCAGGAGAUUCCGGCAUGCGGAAGCCAGGCAUGAUGAGGAAAGUGAAGCGCAUUCGGCGCAAGAGCAACCAGCGAAUGUUCCUCUCCGGCAGUGAGGGCAUGGAUCUGAAAGACGAACCGGGUCACUGGCACUGGUAUUUGCUUUGGGGAUCACUCUUGGUUGGAACAUUGACUAUAGCUGGUAGCAAUGUUAGUUACUUCUAUGUUUUGGUCAAGUCCCAGGUUGUGGAUAAAUUCAAGCCAGUUUUCAAGAGUGAUGAUGGAGAAGCCAUUGGGGUAAUGUACCAUUUCUCCCAUGGAGACUCUGUGGCCAAGACUGCCAAGAAGCUGAAACUGGGCAAGGAGGUGGCACAACACUGGUACAACAAGUGCCAAGUUGUUGCACAGGCCCAACUGAAGGUGUGUUCGCCUCAGGGCAUCCUCAACAAACGCGGCGACGAUCCACAGGAUGAAUAUGACCGGAUCCACUACGUCAACCACUUUUAUCAAAGCUGCCCCAGAUUCAUGGUUGGUGGGUUCAACAAAACCGUGGAGGUGGACUUGGCACCCGUGGACAAGAUUUUUGAAGGCGAAUGGGGUCUCGUGAUUGUCGAAAAGCCGUCUUGGCGCUGCUACGUGCUGCCCAUUGAUGACCCAUCCCAAGAGUCUGUCAUUGUCACUCUCCGUGGCCGCGUCCGAGAGGGUUCCAAGGUCUUCUGCCAUUUCAUCGAACCUACUGGCAAUAACAACUCAAGCACUACCCAGACCAGCAACAACAACAACAACAAUACCUCGACAAAGUCGACACCGAAAGGCGCGUUGUUAUUUGACGUCAAUGACUACGGAGAGCUCGUCGUCGACCCCGAGGGGAAAAGGAAACGAUUGACAUUCACCGAACCCGUCAUCAAGCACGUGAUCGAAUCGCUGAACGGGGAACUCGUUGACGAGCCGAACAAAGUGCAAACGGCGCUAGUGCAAUUCAUGUGGUUGAAGGCGUUUGUCAAGAAUGUCGACGGCAGUCUCGGUGUCGGAGGAUCCGCUGCUGCUGCUGCUGGCGGCGACAUUGAACCCUUCCUCACGUUUGUUGCGCACGUGGCCAAGUUUUUCGGUGUGGAGGCCGGAAGGAAAACCCCCGCGAAAAAGAUGACUUAUAGAAUCGACGGACAUGACAGUGAAAUUGAGAGGGAAGUGGAUGAUGACGAGGAGGGCGAAGGAGGGAGAGACCAGGAUGCGGUUUUGCAGGACUUCGGCGGCGUUUCUCCGAAUGACUCUGACGUUCCGACGCCCAACUUAUUGGCUGCGGUUGCUUCUUGAUGUGAACAGAUGUCGCUUGUUGUUUGAGAAAAUGCAAGUUUUUGGUUACCCAACAAUA